CACCCGACUACGAGCUCGUCCAUUACGAUGGCUGCCAUAACCUUGAAAUCGCCUAGCUCCUCAUUUUCGGGGACAAGAUCCAAAGACGUGGCUGACUCCUCGCUCGUUCAAGAUGUCAUUGCCGAGGAAGAAUCCUGUCCAGCUGCGUCUAUCGCAGGCAACUUCGACAUUUAUUCAACGUAUCAGCGGAUAUUACGCGACGAUCAAAUAGCCACUCCUUUGGCUGCCAUCCUGGCCCUGACAGAGCUGAUCGAGAAAUCCACGGCCGGGACCAUGUUCGAGCUUGUGAAGGCAUUAGAAGACGGCGCUGAAGAGCUGAAAAAGCGGACACCCAAUCCGAUAAGCCUCAACGCGGGUUGCGAGUUGUUUAUAGCUUUUGUGACACUCUUCCCGCACGAAUCCGAUAGUUUCGCCGAGCUCAAAACGGAGUUGGUGAAGCAGGGUCAGAAAUAUGCUGCAGAUGCCCUCCGCUAUCGUGACAGAAUUGCGGAUCUUGUCCUCGGCUUCAUUAAGGAUGACUCCGUGAUCCUCACGCAUUCUUAUUCACGCGUCGUCAUGAAGGCGCUGCUAAACGCACACAAGCACAAGCGCAUUUCCGUCUAUGUAACGGAAUCCCGCCCCCGUGGACUCGGGAUCAUGACUUACGAGAAGCUUACGAACGCCGGGAUUCCCUGUACGAUCGUGCUCGACUCCGCAGUUGCCUACGUGAUGGACAAGGUCGAUUUCGUCCUCGUUGGGUCGGAAGCCGUGGUGGAGAGCGGCGGGCUGAUUAAUUCGGUUGGAAGCAACCAGAUGGCCAUUAUCGCGAAAAGCGCCAACAAGCCAUUUUACGCCUUGGCGGAGAGCUACAAGUUUCACAGGCUAUUUCCGCUAUCACAGUACGACCUACCAACGCAUAAUCCGCAGACGCUCUCGUUUCUGCGUCCACCGCAGCGACCUGGCCCUGUACUUACAGCGCGGCCCUCAGUGGCACCUAUGGGAUCUUCUAGAACAACAUCAUCGCUUACGGGAUUGGUCCAUCCGACCCUCGCUUCUUCCGCUGGACGAAGCUCUACAUCAGCGUCUUCGGUGCAAUUGACCAUGACCCCGGAUCAAAUUGCGUUGAAUCCGGACGUAGAUUACACAAGGCCGUACUUGAUCUCCCUCGUGUUUUCGGACGUGGGCAUCCUCACACCCGAGGGCGUAAGUCAAUAUCUCGUCGGGAUGUUUGCAGGGUGAAUGUUGUUGUAUGAUAACUGGGAUCACUGGGCGGCGAGCAGCCGGUUAUCGAUGGAAUUCACGAUAACAUUCUCUCAUUCGGCCCCGACGUCGAUGCCAUCCAUCCCGGCGGACCAUCUGACGUUUCCGCUCACGUUUCCGUGGCCCGAGAUCUCGGUGGGGUCAACGUUCGGUGGCAAUCAUGCGAGCCACGCUUCCGAUCCGGCGCUGCAAGCUCUUGUCGUGCGGUGGGAGAUACGGGAGUCGACACUUUCAUAUUCGGACAACCGGAUCUUGCUGAGAUGUUAAGGGUUCGGACAUGCAUGGCGCAACAUUUUUUUCUUCGAUGCGUCAGUGUGGAAGAUGUGUAUGCCAGGACGCGGUGGAGCUAUGCUACGACUUCGCGACUCCUGUAUCUCAAUCGUAGUCAUGUAUAGGUUGCAACCUGUCUGGACUCUAUAGAUCGAGCAACGUUGCGACGCGCGUAC